AUGUAUCGCGCCGAAGCCACCAAGUCCUUGAAAGAUGACCUGGAACACAUCUGCCUAGAAAACAUCCAGGCGUGUAUCCUGGUAGGAAAUAACUUCUUUGGCGAAGGAGAUGCUGGGGUUGAAUCAUUGUAUUUCGGACUCGCCAGUCGAAUGGCUCAAAUCCUCAAACUAGGCGUUUGCGACGACGCCGACGACGGAGUCACCCGCGAAGUCAAGCGCCGCAUAUUCUGGACAUGCUUCAUCAUCGACACCUGGGCCAGCGGAGGCUCUAACAUAUCACGACAAUUCAAAUGGCAGAACGCUCACCCCCGCGCCCCAAUGGACGAAGACGUCUUCUUCCAAAUGAAAGCAGGAGAUCCAGAUAUCCCCGACUCGCAAUGGAAGCCUGGUUUGUGGGGUUACAUGGUUAACCUGGUCGAGAUAUACACCGAGAUACAGAACUUUCACCAAGACCUUGCUGAUACAACUGAUUGGGACGAGGCGUUGAUUGAAGACACUGUGCAACACCUCGAAAAUAAGCUCGUUACUUUUGAAAAUGCUAUUGGCCCUACACUAGCUUUUUCAAGGGAGAAUUUAGCGACGUUUGUGGAGCGCGGUUUAGGUCGUGUCUUUGUCGCGUUUCAUCUCGGCUAUCAUCAUUAUUACACACUGCUCUUCUACCAUUAUUUGGAUCGACGUCGACCUCAGACAAGAAAUAGCAACAAGUACUCUGAGUCAUGCAAAGCUCAUGCUAUAGUAGUCUGUGAGGUACUCAAAGCAUCUAGAGAAGUCCCUGGAGCUGAAGCUUUAUAUAAUAUCGUGGGACACGUCACUAUCGUUUCCUCUUCAGUUCUUCUGCAUACAUUCAUGUUUGGAGACACCCAUGAACUUGAAGCAUCGCGGGCUCGUCUUGGGUCGAACUUGGAAUCUUUGGUACAACUACGAAGAUAUUGGCCAAGUGUUGAAAGAAUGAUUAAUCGCUUAGUUGUCUUUCAACGGUGCUGUAUUAACUCAAUGAAUAUUGAGUCAUACCGGUUCGACAAAUGGAUGGUCAAGUUUCUGAUUGCUCAUUCACUUGCCCUUGAAGACAAGGUAGAUGAAGGCUGGCCUAGUCCUUAUUCGGAGCCUUCAUACCGGGAUGUUCAGAUUGAGCGCGGGUUGAUCACACAAGCGAUGAUUACAGACAUUCAGAGAUAUAAUGGAGGUGGCAACUUCACAUAA